UUUCAGGUAUAUAUUACCACAGAUUAUACGCUAUUCGAGAUUUGGAAAUGAAAAACUUGAACAUUUGUGCCUGCAUCUCCAUAAUUUGUUUCAUUCAAGGUCUAUUUUGUAAAAGCAUAGUUUUAUCCCCAACAAACGCAAAUGUUGAUUUAAACCAGAGCUUUACAUUUACUUGCACAUAUAUCGGGUAUGAUAAAGUCUUUGGCACAAGAUGGAAUAUAGGGACAAAUAUACCAUAUAUAGACAAUCAAAGUGGCACUUGUAUUGGUGGUGGAAUAUUUGCUAAUAACACCAUUUACAGAGUUGGAUGUCCGUCUGAUACAUCUUUUACCGUAACAAUAUUACGUGUACAGCUUCAUUAUCACAAUGAGAUGUGGGAAUGCUUUGAGCGUGACAUGAAAAGUAAUACUGUUACAAUUCUUGUCCAAGUUCCUGUAGUAAACGUGUCGCUGCAUUUGGUUGGACCAAGUUCUAGUUUCAUAAAAGAGCAUUCCCGACAAACAAUCAAGUGUAAGACAUCACCUGGUCGACCACAACCAAAUACUAGCUGGAUUCUCUAUGAAGCUAACAAUAACGUAAAACACAAAAUUACUAUCAAUUCAUCAAUACAGAUUAUUUCUAGCGGAGCUGGACUUGUAUCUGUCGAAAGUACCUUACAAUUUUAUCCAAAUAGAUCAAUAAACGAAUGGAUGCUAAAUUGUGAAGCGUGGACAAACAACGAAACUCGCGCCCUACAGAGCAAAAGAUUGACGUUAAAUAUUGCAUACCCCCCGGACAUGCCUCCUGUUAUUUCCGGAUUCGAGAACGGCGAAAAGUAUGCACUGAUAGAAUCAGAAAUUGGCAAGUUGUCUUGCACUACACAUGGCGGGAAUCCACUUGCUACUUUGACAUGGAAGUGCUAUAACACUAAACAGGAAUCGACAACCAUUGAAGACAAAAACGUUUCCAGCACUGUUACAUGGUCAGGUUUACGUGAUCAAUCAUCUUGUACUUGUAUUUCAAAUCAUUCUUGGUCUGGAACAACACAAACUACGACAAUAGGGAUUGAUGUUCUUUACUCUCCAAACAAACCAACAUUAACAAUCAGCAAUACAGACGUUUCAAAUGUUAUUAACGUUAUACUGAACAACACCGUCCACGUUAAAUGCGAAAGUAAAAGCAAACCACACCCAACGUACUCAUGGACAGGUCCUGUCGACAUGCAAAGAAUGAUACAAAUACUAAAUGUCACAAUUAAUGACACAAAAGACAGGAAGUAUAAAUGCAUUGCAACAAAUCGAAUGGCUAGACAAAAUGGUACAUACGUAGAUGGACGUAAUGAAUCUGACGUUACAAUAAAGGUGCUGUAUCCACCUGGGAAGCCUUAUUUCAAAUAUGAAUAUAGCAAUGGCACAAAGGUCAAUACUCAAAACGUGAUAGACGUUAUAACAGGAGACUCGUUUACAGUGCAUUGUCUUGCAACAGGAAAUCCACAACCUACAAACAAGUGGGACAGUAAUGAGGGCAACGAUAUUUUAAAGAUAACUUCAAUUACUUACGACACUUCUAAAACAUGUCAUGCAAUGUACACAAUGGAGGAAACAGUCGGUGAACGUCGAACAGGAUCGACAUCUGCGUCAUUUUUUAUCAGGGUUCUUUAUCCGCCACAUAUUCCUAAGUUCACGAUUUCGAACGGAACGAGACAAGUAAACGUCACAACAGCGACUAUACAACUAAAAGAAACAGACAACAUCAAUAUGACAUGUUUUUCUGAUGGAAAACCUGUUCCAAAAUACACUUGGACUAGCCACAAUGCUCAAAUACAUAAACAUAUAUGGCAAUUUGCUAAUAUUAUUCGAAAGGAUGCCGGGAAGUACACGUGUAAUGUGAGUAACGUGAUGGAACGCAGUCUUGGUGACACUAAACAUGGGUUGAACGUUUCAAGCAUAUAUCUCGAUAUAUUGUUUUCUUCAGAAAUCAAACAUUUUACUGUUGUAAAAAACAAGUCAAGUGGAACGUUUAUUGUAAACCAAAGAGAUGAAGUUUCAUUAGAAUGUACAGCAGAAGCUAAACCCAGCCUCGGAUUUAUCUAUAUACAAUACACGUGA